AUGCAUCUCAGACGAUUGAGAAGAGAUGACUUGCCCGCUCUGGCUGAUCUCGGAACUGAAGCAUUCCGUGAUGAUGAUUUACAAACAAUACUAUUUCCUCCCGAAGCUGUUGCAAAUGGCUCCCUCCGUCGAAGUAUCAAUUUACGCAUUAGAAAACGUCUUGUUGAAGCCGGCACACAUUGUUAUGUCUCGAUGAGCGAUGAAAAUGAUGAGUUUUGGUCUGGAGAAUCUGAGUUGCUUGGAUACGCUUUUUGGACAAGAGUGGGAAAGAGCGAAGCAGCGAAGAAGUGGCAAACUGAUACUUUAUUUUCGAAAUUGGAAAGAACAUUGAUAGGAGCGGAAAUGUGGUAUUCUGAAUACUUCCUUGAUCGCGACCGGCCUUGGGAUAAGAUCCAUUACAUGAGGAAUCUAUCGGUUGAUCAUUUUGGCUCGAUUCCAGAGUAUUUGGAGUUAGCUGCAUUAGCAGUACAUCCCAGAUUUCAUCGUCGUGGUGUUGGUGGAAUGAUGCUCAAAUAUGGAAUUGAUUUGGCUCAAAAAGAACAAGUUCCCCUUGUGCUAGAAGCCUCUCGUGCUGGAACUCUGCUAUAUACGAAAAAUGGUUUCAGAGAAACUGGAAGAACUGAAAUGUUUCCUGAAGUGACAGUGAUUGCUAUGCAAUUGGACCCAAAAGUUUGA